GAUGCGGGUGGAAGAUACAAGUGCACUUAAAUUGAAAAAAAAAAAAAAAAAAAAAAAAGACAAUUGGAAAGCAGAUCAUUUCAUUCCAACCCAGAGUUUCGAUGGCGGUUUGGAAAAUUUCUUGUCGUGCUGUUUAUAGAACAGUUGUGCACGUGGAAUACCGAUAGUCCUGCUUUUGUGAUUCGCAGCUCAGGAUGAAAGAUCUGGUCAGUACCCUUAUCUUAUUGUUCACUCUGAUGUCAGUUAUCACUUUUACCAGUGGAACACAGCCUCAAAAUGGCGGCCAGUUCACUCAACGCGAAAUAGACGCCUACAAGAGAUGCAAAAGCACAGCUUGUGUUGCCCGAGUCUCUCUUUGUAUCAUAAAUAAAGAUUGCGCAAACUGCAGGCCUAUAGCUGGAAAAAACUGUACAUGUUGCGAGGACUGCUUCAGAUGCCUUGGUCAGAAACUCUGGAAAAAAUGUUGUGAUUGUGUUGGUCUCUGCACUCACACUCCUCGCAAUGACACGAACAGCACGCAGCAAAUAUCAAGCAGUUACGGUGACUUGAGCAGGUCUAUACCAACUAUGUUUGACAUUAUCAGUCAAGGAUCACAUUUUCCCAUUGCCUUCAUGACAAGGGGCAAAAAAGGUUCGUCAAACCAUUGCAAAGUAGCUUUCUUUCAUAGGUGCGUCGCGAAAGAAGAUUGCAUUGUGUCCUGCGGGGACAUGGGAUCUCAUAGGUACCGCUGGUUCCGGAAUGGCUGCUGUCAGUGCGUAGGGCACCGAUGCAAAGACUACGGAGAACUUCAACCUCUCUGCCAGAUGUGCGGGAUCAAUUAAAGCUCUGCAUAUGGUGUCAAAUGAAAUAGAGUUUUGCAUUCUUUAAAAGAGACUUUGCAUCGCUAAUGAGUGGGAAAAUAGUUUACAAAGGAUCAUAAAGUUAUAUUUCUUCUCCAAGAAUCUUAAUCACAACAUCACCACUGAUCGAUACCAUUUGCUACACCAAUCGUUUGCUACACGGUAAUCCAGUUUAAAACGCAGAAUAGAUAAGAAAACUUGAGAGCAUUACUGAAAAAGAACAUUUGUUCAUUCCAAUUUCUAUUCCCCUUCUAGCUAGAAAUAUUGUUAAGACACUAGAAAAGAGAACUAAACAAGAAUUCUGGCGACAGAGACAUCCGCUUGUUUCAAUUCAUUCCCCAUCUUCUUUCGGCUGUUAUGACAUCGUCACUCAUAUGUCCCCUAUGUAACGUUGAGAGGACAAACUAGCUCGGAUUAUCCUUAAAAAUAUGGAUAUGAGCUUAUCUUCUCUUAGUUACAAAUAAUUUUUUAUACCAUGGCUUCGAGUUAUCCUUGGGCUUCAGAAUCGAAUGGGAAUUUCCUGCUGAUGUCAUGAGAGUCCCAUACUUGAUACAUCAAGUUUUCUAACUUAAACCUUCACUGAAAUCUUAUUCUCUGUGAUAUCGAAUUAAUGUCGAAUUGAAAAAUACAGUAUAUCUCAGCUGCAAUUUGUUCCCAGAAAAUUAACUACAGUGUAAUCUGCUUAAUUGUGCAGUGCACACUUUUUGCAAUAGUUACAAUGAAGAAACAUAGAUUCAUUACACAAGCAAGGAACAUAGGCAUUAGAGCCAAUAAGUCGCCUUUGCCUACUGUCGGAGAAAGCUAAAUUCGACCUUCAGUUUUUGCAGUCAUUUGCUAAUUCAAGCCGGUAAAAGUUUACGUUUUCUAAGUUAAGGAUGGUCAAGGGAGCUACGUCAUAGUUUAAUUUGUGCGUUCAUAUAAAAAAAACAUGUAUCCCAUACCUUUAAAGCUUUUUAUUUGCAAACCGUUUGAAUCUUCUUCUUAAUUAGCCAUUCCUUCAAUUUUAAUUUGCUCAACCCUUUUUGCAUAUUUAUCCAACACCACUCAGUUAAAGUUUGUUAUGUCUCUCAAGUUAGAGGUCGUUUUGCAAGUCACAAGAAUUGACACAAGGUGGUUCCCUUAAACGCAUAAUAAAUAAAA